UUAUCGCACAAGAUGAAACCUGCUUCAAUCCAGAAGUUCUUUACUCGUGAUGAUUACGAGGCGUUGAUCAAGAGGUAUGACGACCAGAAAGAUUGGAAAAUGAUAUUUGAAAGCAUUGCUUUUCUGUAUGAACUGUCUGAACAUGUAAAUGCCGGAAGUAGAACCACAGAAUUAGGGUGCAUUCUGUUCCACAUGUUCAUGGCCAAAGUGCCUUUGAUGCCGUACAAUGUCAAGAUUGUAGCAGCAGCUUCGUUAUACUUGGCUUGCAAACUAGACUCGCCUCGUCCCUCAAAUUUGUUUGUGGAGUAUACCAACAACAAGAGAAAUCCAAAUAAUCCUGACUCAACUCUGGCUGAGACCAAGGAACAACUGUACCUUGUCGAGUCAAAGAUCUUGGUGGAACUCGACUUCGCCCUCGAAUUUGAAGUGCCUCGGCUUUAUCUUAUCCAGUUCGACUUCAACUACAAAGCUGAAGCCAAAGCUGCUAUUUCACAGCAGCUGCCUGAGGAUGUGGAUGCAGACAAAGUGUUCAAGGAACUCUGGAGCAUGCUCAUGGAAUUCGCAUCGAAGUGACUCAACGACACGUUGUACUCGCCACUGUGACUGUACUACCACCCAGCUGAGAUUGUGGCUGCUUGUCUGGUAUUCGUCCACACUUUGAUUGUGGUUUCAGGCCAACCUCUAGAAUCACGGCCAAAGCUGCUGGUCGGAGAGUGGUUUACACAUCUACACAAAGACAUCGACAUGGAAGUGGCUGCAGAGUGAGCAAAUGAAAUCGAGCAGUUGUUCUGACACCUGAAAUAAUU